GUGGCUGUAGGAGGUCAUCCAGACAUCCAUACAGGGUCAAAGGUCACCAACUGCCAGUUGUCACUGAGCAGAGCCAAGAUGUUUUCGAAGACGUUCCUGAGAUUUCGAAAAUGUUGCAGAGAAAUCUUCCAAUGCUGUUGGGGGAGAAUGAGAAGGAAUGCCAGGCCAGCCAGUCCUUCAACCUCCACCUUGGAAGACGCAACAAAUCUGUCUGGCCGAAGAAAAACGAAAAUCACGAUAGACAUUGAGCUCCAUAAAGUGGAGCAGCACGGUUUCCCUCCAAAGGACAGCCGAGGGAAAGAGAAGGUCCUCUUCGAGAGGAAGGACCUUUUCCAAGCAGCGCAAUCAGAGCUGGCCUGUAUAAGAAGAGACCAGGAAAUAAGCCAAUAUUUGCGCCAAGUGGUCUCUGAGAGGAGGAGAGAGACGCAAAUAGCUCUGUUGCAGGAGCACAGCUUUGUCAAUGGAUUAGCUGCAUUGCUGGAAAUGUAUGAUCUCAGCAAGAUAACACCAGAAAGAGAUGAACCAAUAGAAUCCAUGCUGAUGGACAUUUCCAGUUUUUAUUGGAUGGCUACCCUGGAUGCAGAGGAGGAAGAUCUUUCUGAGGUGGAGAAGAAGUUGCUGGAGGAGGCCUUUGGCCUAACAAUGAGGAACCUACUCCGACAAUCUCCCACGACAGAACAGUUUGUUUUCAUUCUGAAGAACUUGGACCCACGUGGGAAACUCUUUUUGCCGGCGAUAAACCAGCUCCUGUCCUGUGGAAACCAUCAUCCCAGGAUAGAUCUCGAUCAAGUCCAGCAGGCUUUCCCUGAUGUUCCCAGGGAAAUCUGGCAGGCUGGAACCACCUACGAAAACAUCAAUGAAGGAGACCUAGAAAUAGAGGAGUUGUGACCUCCACCCUUCGCCGUUGAGCCACCUAUGAAGAAAAGCUACCAUCUCAGGAAAUGGCCCUUUGGUUCUUCCUUCUAUCAAUUGCAUAAAUUAUGUAUAAUAGUUGAAUUUGAUCUGUUAAAACUUCUGACUGUAUAAUAAUUGUUGGUAUCUGUGUUUGUAGAUCACUGGAAGAUCAGAACUCCCUCCUGCUGAAGUUUCCCUUGGGGUUUGGAAGAUGGCACUGGGGCUGAAGAUGCUGUGGAGCAGACGCCGACCAUCAUCGUUUUUAAUAUGCUGCAGCAGGCUGGGUAGCAGCUUGGACAGAAUUCCACGCAGUUCCUGUAACGGACCUGCUUGCUUGGACCAUCACCCGGCUGGAUCAACAUCUCCCCAGGAUAGAAGAACAACGAAACACAGAUGGAUGGACUUGAGUUUUUAAUGACAGUGUUUUUUUCUUGUAUCUAUGGGACACUUAUAUGUCUCCAGCUAUAUGCCACCAUUGAAGGCAAACACAAGGCAAAGAAGACAGAAGUUUAGUCAAAGGUGCUACCUUCAGACUCUCAAGAUUCCGUUAAUGUAGCCUUACAAUAAGGUCGAAUUAGCCCAUUUAGUCGUAUUUCCUGUCUCGUUUCCCUUGGAGGACUGACACAAUGUCUGCAGGUUGUUGGAACCGUGUGUGUGUGUGAAGCCUCCCAGGUAAACAGACAGGAAACGUGCCUAAAAGUGCUAAUUCGACCUUAUUUUAAGGCUACAUUAACAGAACCUUGAAAGUCUGAAAGUAGCCCUUUUGACUGAAUUUCUAUCUUCUUUAUCUUAUGUUUCCUUAAAUGGGUGGCAUAUAAAUGUCCCAUAGAUAGAAUGUAUGUAUAUGUUUAUGUAUUUAUUUUGGUUGUCAUAUUCUGUUGUUAAUUGUAUCAUUGAUUUGAUGGUUGUUUGCUACCCAUUGUCCCUUGUUUGACAUGGGCCCCUCUACAAAUUGGAUAAAUAAAUAAGUAUACUUUGAAUAUUUUUCCUUCACUUGUUUUCCUUGCUCUUUUUUUAACUUCAUUAUUUUUUAAAAUCUGUAUUUGUAUUUUGGUUAUUUCAUUUCCAAAUAUAAAUAAAGGUACAAUAUAAGUC